AGCCGCAUGAUGAUCAAUGAAUUGUAUAAUAAUUGAUAAAACGAGCUCUGCUUUGCAUAAACUCUAUCGUAAGGAAGGUAUACUCUGUCACUGAGAUUCCUCCUCCACCUUCCUUCCCAGUCUUCACAGCCAUCUCCCAUGGCGAUGGGCUCCAAGGAAUCUUCUUUAAGAGCGCCUCUGCCUCCAACCAUCCCAGGCCUUUGCUCGCCGAGAUGGGGAUCAUCCACUGUUCCCUGAUGGUUUUGCUUCUCCUGUCCCAGUCGUCGCAUUCAUCAGCCGACGGAUUGUCGGAAAAAGUUAGGGGUGUGAAUUUGGGAGGCUGGCUCGUGGUGGAGGGUUGGAUCAGGCCUUCCCUGUUCGACGGAAUUCCCAACCGGGACAUGCUUGAUGGAACUGAAGUGCAGCUCAAAUCGGUGCUGCUGCAGAAGUAUGUCAGUGCUGUUGAUGGAGGUGGUGGAAACGUGACUGUGGACAGAGAUGUGGCAUCAGCUUGGGAGACCUUCAAGUUGUGGCGAGUAUCUGAGUGGGAAUUUCAGUUCAGAUGUUUUGGAGGUCAAUUUCUAACAUCAAACAAUGGCGGGGGUCCGGUUUCUGCUGCUGCAAAUUCACCAUCAGAGAAUGAACCAUUUUAUAUCGAAAAGAACGACACAAGGAUUCACAUUAGACUUUCGAAUGGAAACUACAUAAAGGUAACAGAAGAUAGUGCUCUCAUGGCGAAUUAUCAAGGGGAGCCAGGUUGGGAUGAUAAUGGCGCAACAUUCGAAAUGACUAUUGUUUACAACCACUUGCAUGGAGAUUUCCAGCUUGCUAAUGGAUAUGGACAUGACAAAGCUGAAGAGAUCCUGAUGGAUCACAGAAGCAACUUUGUUUCGUCUCAAGAUUUUGCUUUCCUAUCACAACAUGGUAUCAAUACUGUUAGAAUUCCUGUUGGAUGGUGGAUUGCAUAUGAUCCUGACCCACCUGCUCCUUUUAUUGGAGGAUCCUUGGCAGCAUUGGAUAGAGCAUUCGCAUGGGCAGAGAUCCAUAGUCUGAAGUGCAUCAUUGAUCUCCAUGCUGCUCCUGGUUCACAGAAUGGUAUGGAACAUAGUGCCAGUAGAGAUGGUUCGAUCAGUUGGCCAACACCAGACCAUGUCUCACAAACACUAGAUGUCAUUGACUUCUUAGCAGCGAGGUAUGCAAAUCACUCUGCCCUAUUAGGGAUUGAACUCCUAAAUGAGCCUUCUGCGACAUUAGUCCCCUUAGACAUUCUAGUUUCGUAUUAUACAAGGGGAUACCAAAUUGUUCGGAGCUACUCAACUUCUGUUUAUGUUAUAGUAUGUCAAAGAAUAGGAAAUGCAGACCCAGCAGAGCUUUACCAAGCAAAUAUUGGAACUUCAAAUGUUGUUGUGGACUUGCACUACUACAAUCUCUUCGAUCCGUAUUUUGAUAACAUGAAUGUUUCUGAAAAUAUCAAAUUCAUAUAUGAGAAGAGAGUUCCGCAAGUGCAAGAAUUAAACAGCGCAAACGGGCCUCUCAUCUUUAUCGGUGAGUGGGUUAACGAGUGGAAGGUGGCAAACGCCUCAAGAUCGGAAUAUCAGAUGUUUGGUAUGGCUCAGUUAGAAGCUUAUGGUGAUGCUUCUUUCGGUUGGUCCUACUGGACACUGAAGAAUGCUCGAAUGCAUUGGGACUUCGAAUGGAAUAUCAACAACCGAUAUCUUCUGCUCGGAAGCUCAUCGAUUAGAAAGCCAGAACUUCUCCUGUUGUGUUGGUUGGCAUGUGCGGUCAUACUAAUGCAAAUAGCAUGACUACAACAAGUUGAAAGCUUGUAAUUAAGUCUGUAAUAGAAUAUAAUUCAAUAUUCUUUUAACAUAAUAAAGAAAAAAGCAUUUUUUUGUAUUUAAUUAGACUAG